AUGUUUUCCAAGAUCUCUCAGAUCGGCAAGAACUUGACCGAUGAGUUUUCGCGGAUCAACGAGGAGGUGAGCAGCACGCGGAAACAGAGCCCCGGUGCACCGAAUGGCGGGAUAGACCCGGCCACCGCGACAAAAAUCCUGUCCACGCAGACGCCUGACCCUGAAGGGAUGACCCAACCGAGGGAAAUGAGCUCGUCCGAGCCGAGCAGUGACAACAGUGUGGUCAAUUUGAAUGUCCCGGGCACAAACAUACGGUAUUCGGAUCUGCCCGCAGAGAUCAGGGGCCGUUUGCGUAAGUUCUCCAAAUACGACGAAAAGUACCCGAUCUUGUUCGAGGCCUAUAAGGCCGAGAGGCGCAAGACUGCGGUGAUUGGUGCGUUUGAAAAGAUGUUGGCGGAUGUGAGUCCGUGCACGAGCAUUGGCGAGAUCGACGCUGUGAGAGACUAUUUGAGUGGACUACAGUCGAGCAAGAAGUUAUUAGAGACAGAGUUGCGGCAGGCCGAGGCCAAGAACAAGGCCAAUUUAGAGGAGAUAGAGAAGUUACGGGCUAGUCCAUCGGGCGAGGCCAGUUCAGAGGAGGUGGAGAAGCUGAAAGCAGAGCUGGAGACAGUUAAACAGGAGCUUGAGGCUUCGAGGGCCAGUGAGUCUAAGAAAGAGGAAGAAAAGACCGAGUUGGCUACCAAAUUAAAAGAGAAGGAGGAGUUGGUUGACAAGGUGCAGAAGUCGUUGGCCGAGUCUGUUGAGGCGAAACAAGUCGUGGAAGGUAAGGUUGCAGAGCUGGAAAAGUCUGUGGAGUCCAAUAAAAAACUGACUCAGUUGUUCAAAGACAAGGUUUCAUCGCUGAAUGAGGAGCUCAAGUCCCAUAACGAGCCGGAGCCAACCACGUGCGGGCCGAAGAAGGGGAAGAAGAAGAAGGGUGUCAAGAAGCAGGAGGUUAACGAAACAGAGGUGAUUGAGCUGCGACACAAGGUGGAGACUUUGGAGCGCCAAGCUUCUGAGGCUGAGGCGUUGCAAACGAAAGCUACCGAGCUCGGAAAAGAGGUGGCUGCGCAGAAGGAGGAGAUAGAGAACCUGCGUGGCAUGUUGCGCGAUGUUGGCGACUCAUUGGUCACCAGCAAAGAUGAGCUUAAGAGUCUUCAGGAGACGCACAAGCAAAAGAUUUCGGAGCUCGAAGCCGUCAAGUCUGAGCUGGAGUUCUUGCGGAUCCAGAACUCGGACGCGUUGAAGGACCACGAGCGUGCACGGUCGUCUUUGGAGAAGAAGAUCGCCACGUUGGAGAAAGAGCGGCCUGCAGACUCUGGCGGUGAGAAGGAGAUCUUGAUACAGAACCUCAAGAAACAGAUUGAGGACCUCAAGGCUGGGUUCGACAAGAAUUUCCAGACCGUUGGCGAAGAGAACGCACAGUACCAGAAACGCAUAAACAGUUUGGUGAAAGAAAAAGCUGGUUUAGAGAAAGAUUUGAACGACCUGAGCGGAUUAAAAGAGCGCGAGGUGCAGCUGAAGCUGGAUCUCUCGAGCGCACAGUCGUCUUUGGCACGCAAGGACAGACUGAUCAACGACAAGGAGAGCCGGCUGAAGUACUUGGAGGAGGAAAAGGCACGUCUCAACGACACGGUGGUGGAGCUCAAGGUGCAGGUGAGCGAGCUGAAAUCGCAAAUGUCGUCCAACACAGAGGCCAAGAACGCGGCCGUGACAAAGACAGAGACUCUGCGACAGGAAUACAAUGAGCUGAUGCUCCGGUUGAACAAGGUGAGCACGGAGAACAACAAGCUGGUGAAGAACUACGAGGAGAUCAAGGACCGGUACGAGGACCUCAAGAACUCAAAGGUGAGCUCUUCGGACCAGGUGGACUCGAUCAAGCGUCGGUGCGAGGAGCUUUUGAUGCGCAACCGGGAGUACGAGAGUCGGACCGACGUUUUGCAGGACGAGCUUUCUGAGGCACGGUCGAUGCUCCAGGAGCGUACGCGAGAGGCCGGUACGAUCAGACAGCUGCUUGUUGACACGGAAGAGUCACAGAACAACAAGUUGAAGGACCUGAAUGCCCGGCUGGAUAGAGUGGCCGAGGAGCGGGACAUUCUUGAACGGGAGUCGACUUUGACACUGAAGAAGAAACAGCGCGAACUGGACGAGAUGAAGGCCAACCUGGAGGACCUGCGGGACCAGCUGGACGGAUUGCGUCGUGAGAAGGACGAGGUGGAGGCCCGGGUGGCGGAACAGCAAAAGAGUCUUGCCUCGGCCAAGCCAGCUGCCAACGGACAGUCUGAGGCGUCUUCCGAGCGCGACUACAAGCUCGUGGAGUCUCUGCGCGAGUCGUUGAAGGACAGCGAGACGCGUCUGAGAGACGUGGAGGCGAUGAACGGCAAGCUGCGCAAGAUCAACGAGGAGUCCUCGCAAAAACUGAUCCGGCUCAACAAAAAGUACAAGCUUCUUUCGCAGCAGUACCGCACAACCAGAGAAAGACGCGAGUCCAUUGCAAGCGUCGAGUCUGGCCAGACGUCCCCGAUCAUGAGCCGUGCCGGAAGCAUAGUGGAGCCGCCUGCUCCCGAGGCAGUUGCGCCAGACACACAGGAGAAAAUGGAGUACGUGAAGAACGUGAUUUUAGGAUUCCUUGAACAUAAAGAACAGCGGGGAAUUCUGCUUCCUGUGAUCAAGACGUUGUUGUUUUUGACUGACAGCGACGAAAAACGGUUGAUGGCAUCUGUUCCGUAA